GUAACCUUUAAACGGAGCAGUUGAUCGAAAAUAUGGACAGCAAGCAGCCUCCACCGUACAGCGAGCAGGCCGGAUUCACACCAGCUCAGACCUAUCAACCACCAGGGGGACCCACACAGCCACCACUAUAUCCACCAAUGCCACAGAAUCCCCAGACAUCGACUGUGAUUAUACAGACAACGACUACCUCAAAUUUGGUGCCAAUUGGCAGUGGACCCACACGUAUACGUUGCCCAUCCUGUCAUGCUGAGGUGCUCACCACUGUCAAGAGUACACCAUCGGGAAGGACACAUUGCUGGGCCAUCAUCCUAUGUCUGUUUGUUUGCUGGCCGUGCGUUUGUUUGCCAUAUUGUAUGGACUCGUGUCAGAAUGCUAACCAUUAUUGCCCCAAUUGUAGUGCCUAUAUAGGUACUUUUGAAAAUUAAUAUACAUAAAUAUACAAUUUAUAAUAUAUAUAGACUAUGAAACGAUUUUGUGUUAACGGAAAAACAUAUGAAAUUAAACAAAUUGUAAAUACUUAACGAAAA